GUUUCCGCGCAGAUAUCGCGAGGCGAUUGGUAGCCGGGCGAGGGCUGCGCCGUGGCCUCGCCUUUUCGGAGCGCGGGCGCGCGGUGGCGGGAAUUUCGCCUGUUUGCGGUUUGGACCCUAGAGAUUUCUGGUGGUGGUCUGGGUCACAGGAGGCAGGUUUCGGGAGCUGGAAGUGUGAGCAGGAAUCUCUUCACACCUUCUCUUUGGAGCCCUUAAUGAUAAAACGAACCCCAGACGUUUCAGAACAUGAAGUAAACAAUGGAGAACUGUUCUGCCGCAUCGACCUUCCUGACUGACAGCUUAGAGCUGGAGCUGGGGACGGAAUGGUGCAAACCUCCUUACUUUUCUUGUGCUGUUGACGACAGAGGAGGAGGAAAACAUUUUUCUGGAGAAUCCUACCUCUGCAGCGGAGCCCUUAAGCGGUUGAUUUUGAAUCUUGACCCUUUACCAACUAAUUUUGAAGAAGAUACCUUGGAAAUAUUUGGCAUUCAGUGGGUUACUGAAACAGCAUUAGUGAAUUCAUCUAGAGAACUCUUUCAUUUAUUCAGGCAACAACUGUACAACUUGGAAACCUUGUUACAGUCCAGUUGUGAUUUUGGGAAGGUAUCAACUCUACACUGCAAAGCAGACAAUAUUAGACAGCAGUGUGUACUAUUUCUCCAUUAUGUUAAAGUUUUCAUCUUCAGGUAUCUGAAAGUACAGAAUGCUGAGAGUCAUGUUCCUGUCCAUCCUUAUGAGGCUUUGGAGGCUCAGCUUCCCUCAGUGUUGAUUGAUGAGCUUCAUGGAUUACUCUUGUAUAUUGGACACCUGUCUGAACUUCCCAGUGUUAAUAUAGGAGCAUCUGUAAAUCAAAACCAGAUUAAGCUUUUUCCACCAUCAUGGCAUUUCUUACAUCUCCACUUGGAUAUACAUUGGCUGGUGUUAGAAAUUCUUUACAUGCUGGGUGAAAAAUUGAAACAAGUUGUAUAUGGUCAUCAGUUUAUGAAUCUGGCAAGUGACAAUUUAACCAAUGUCAGCCUAUUUGAUGAACAUUGUGAAACUCUCCUUUGUGAUUUAAUAAGCCUGUCACUCAACAGGUAUGACAAGGUUAGGCCUUCUGAAUCAUUAAUGAGUGACCAUUGUCCAUGUUUAUGCAUUAAAGAAUUAUGGGUUCUACUUAUUCAUCUUCUAGACCACAGAAGUAAAUGGUCUGUCUCAGAAUCAUUUUGGAACUGGUUGAAUAAACUACUUAAAACACUGCUUGAAAAAUCAAGUGACCGAAGAAGAUCUUAUAUGCCUAUAAUCCAGUCCAGGGAUCCAUUAGGUUUUAGUUGGUGGAUUAUUACUCAUGUAGCAUCAUUUUACAAGUUUGAUCGCCAUGGACUACCAGAUGAAAUGAGAAAAGUAGAAUCAAAUUGGAACUUUGUAGAAGAACUGCUGAAAAAGUCCAUCAGUGUUCAGGGUGUCAUUGUAGAAGAACAAUUACGAAUGUAUCUUCACUGUUGUUUGACACUUUGUGAUUUCUGGGAGCCAAACAUUGCAAUUGUUACCAUUUUAUGGGAAUAUUAUAGUAAGAACCUGAAUAGUUCCUUCAGUAUUUCUUGGCUUCCUUUUAAAGGCCUUGCUAAUACCAUGAAGUCACCCUUGUCUAUGCUUGAAAUGGUGAAGACUUGCUGUUGCGAUAAACAAGAUCAGGAACUGUAUAAAUCCAGCAGUAGUUACACUAUUUUUCUUUGCAUUCUGGCAAAAGUUGUUAAAAAAGCAAUGAAGAUCAAUGGCCCUCAUCCUUGGAAACAAGUUAAAGGAAGAAUAUAUUCAAAAUUCCAUCAAAAAAGAAUGGAAGAACUAACUGAAGUUGGUCUACAGAACUUUUUUAGCCUUUUUCUACUGUUAGCAGCUGUUGCAGAGGUAGAAGAUGUUGCAAGUCAUGUUUUAGACCUCCUGAAUUUCCUCAAGCCUGCUUUUGUAACGUCUCAGAGAGCCCUCAUUUGGAAGGGUCACAUGGCCUUCCUCUUGAUGUAUGCCCAGAAAAAUCUGGACAUUGGUGUUUUGGCUGAGAAAUUUUCAUGUGCUUUCCGGGAGAAAGCAAAGGAAUUCUUGGUGUCUAAGAAUGAGGAAAUGGUACAGAGACAGACUAUCUGGACGCUUCUUUCCAUAUACAUUGAUGGUGUUCAAGAAGUGUUUGAGACCAGCUAUUGCUUGUAUCCUUCCCAUGAAAAACUGCUUAAUGAUGGAUUUAGUAUGCUUCUGCGAGCAUGCCGAGAAUCUGAACUUAGGACAGUAUUGAGCUUUCUACAAGCUGUUCUGGCCAGAAUCAGGAGUAUGCAUCAACACUUGUGUCAGGAACUUCAAAGGGACAAUGUGGACCUAUUUGUACAGUCUUCAUUAUCAGCUAAAGAGCGCCACCUUGCUGCAGUUGCCAGUGCACUGUGGAGACAUUUCUUUUCAUUUUUGAAGAGUCAGAGAAUGUCACAGGUAGUGCCUUUCUCACAGCUUGCGGAUGCAGCUGCAGACUUUACUUUGCUAGCAAUGGACAUGCCAAGCACAGCUCCAUCAGAUUUUCAGCCUCAGCCAGUUAUAUCAAUUAUUCAACUUUUUGGUUGGGAUGAUAUCAUCUGCCCUGAAGUUGUAGCAAGAUAUUUAAGUCAUGUCCUACAAAAUAGCACAUUAUGUGAAGCACUUUCUCAUUCAGGCUAUGUAUCUUUUCAAGCCUUAACCGUAAGAUCAUGGAUUCGUUGUGUUUUGCAAAUGUAUAUUAAAAACCUCUCUGGGCCUGAUGAUUUGCUCAUAGAUAAAAAUCUUGAACAAGCAGUUGAAAAAGAGUACAUGAAACAGUUGGUCGAACUGACAAGGUUACUGUUUAAUCUCUCAGAAGUAAAGAGUAUUUUCUCAAAGGCCCAAGUUGAAUAUUUAUCCAUCUCAGAGGACCCUAAAAAAGCACUUGUUCGAUUCUUUGAGGCUGUUGGUGUAACUUACGGGAAUCUCCAGACACUUUCUGAUAAAUCUGCCAUGGUCACAAAGUCCUUGGAAUACCUUGGUGAAGUAUUAAAAUAUAUUAAGCCUUAUUUGGGAAAAAAAGUUUUCAGUGCAGGGCUGCAGCUGACUUAUGGAAUGAUGGGAAUUCUUGUGAAAUCAUGGGCACAAAUCUUUGCCACCUCUAAAGCCCAAAAAUUACUAUUCCGGAUCAUAGAUUGUUUACUGUUGCCACAUACAGUAUUACAGCAAGAGAAGGAACUGCCUGCACCUAUGUUGUCAGCAAUUCAGAAAAGUCUUCCUUUGUAUCUCCAGGGCAUGUGUAUCGUGUGUUGUCAAUCUCAAAAUCCGAAUACCUAUUUGAAUCAAUUGCUAGGGAAUGUUAUUGAGCAGUAUAUUGGGCGAUUUCUUCCAGCUUCACCAUAUGUUUCAGAUCUUGGACAACAUCCUGUUUUGUUGGCAGUGAGAAACACAGCCACUAUUCCACCAAUAUCAUCUCUAAAGAAAUGCAUUGUACAAGUCAUAAGGAAAUCCUAUCUUGAGUAUAAGGGGUCCUCACCUCCUCCUCGCUUAGCAUCCAUUCUGGCCUUCAUCCUCCAACUCUUUAAGGAAACUAACACAGACAUUUAUGAAGUUGAACUACUCCUCCCUGGCAUUUUAAAAUGCUUGGUGUUAGUCAGUGAACCACAAGUUAAAAGGCUGGCCACAGAGAACCUGCAAUACAUGGUAAAAGCCUGCCAAGUGAGGUCAGAAGAAGAACCUUCUGCCCAGCUGACUUCUGUGUUUAGGCAGUUUAUCCAGGAUUAUGGUAUGAGGUACUAUUAUCAGGUUUACAGCAUUUUAGAAACAGUAGCAACAUUGGACCAGCAGGUUGUCAUCCACUUGAUUUCUACCCUCACUCAGUCUCUGAAGGAUUCAGAGCAGAAAUGGGGCCUUGGCAGGAAUAUAGCACAAAGGGAAGCCUAUAGCAAACUUUUGUCUCACCUUGGACAGAUGGGACAAGAUGAGAUGCAGAGACUGGAAGAUGAUAAUACUUAAUAUAUUUUGUGAUUCAUCCUAUUGAUUAUCGGUAUUAUCAGUAUCUAAAGCCACAUUGUUCCACUCCAAUUCCUACUUUUAAUUAAUUGUAUAAUGUUCUGUUUAAAAUAAUUUCUGGAAUUUUUUUCCUUUUAUAUCUGUAAGUAAAAAAUGUAUAAAUAAGGAACUGAAGGUUAAUUAGCAACUAUGUAAUAGGAUCCUUGGAACUUUUUACAAAACUGCAUUCUACCUUGAUGAAAUUUUAGUUAAACUAAAUUAAAGAAACUUUUUCUGA